AUGCUAUCAAGAAUAGUAACCAAACAAUUAGUCAAGUCAUCAGCAGCAUCAACAAAGUCAAUCACACCAUUCCUCACUCGAGGAUUCACCAAUGGUGUAGGUUUCCCCGGGGCAAGACCCAACACACCAUCCCUCAACUUCUUCCAACGUCAAUCCCUCCCAGCCAACACCAUAGUCCGCUUCGUCCCUCAACAACAAGCAUGGAUCGUUGAACGAAUGGGUAAAUUCCAUCGUGUCUUACCUCCAGGAUUAGCCAUCCUUAUUCCAUUCUUGGAUAAAAUAACCUAUGUCCAAUCCCUUAAGGAAGCUGCUAUUGAAAUUCCAUCGCAAAAUGCAAUUACUUCCGAUAAUGUUAGUCUUGAACUUGAUGGUAUUUUGUAUGUAAAAGUAAUUGAUCCAUAUAAGGCCAGUUAUGGAGUUGAAGAUUUUAAAUUUGCUAUUAGUCAAUUAGCUCAAACUACCAUGAGAUCAGAAAUUGGUAGUAUGACUUUGGAUCAUGUUUUGAAGGAACGUCAACAAUUGAAUAAUAAUAUUAAUCAUGUGAUUAAUGGGGCUGCUAGAGAUAAUUGGGGAGUUGAAUGUUUAAGAUAUGAAAUUAGAGAUAUUCAUCCUCCUCAGAAUGUAUUAGAUGCUAUGCAUAGACAAGUCAGUGCUGAAAGAUCUAAAAGAGCCGAGAUUUUGGAAUCGGAAGGUCAAAGACAAUCAAAGAUUAAUAUCAGUGAGGGGGAGAAACAAGGGAUUAUUUUGGCUUCAGAAGCUAAUAAACAAGAACAAAUCAAUCAAGCCAUGGGGGAAGCUGAGUCGAUUAAAUUGAAAGCAGAGGCUACUGCUGAAGGAUUAAAACGUAUUGCUGUUGCUAUUAAAGAGACUCCAGGUGGUGAUCUGGCGGUUAGUUUACAAGUUGCUCAAGAAUAUAUUAAAGAAUUUGGGAAAUUGGCUAAAGAAUCAAAUACUGUGGUUAUUCCUUCAAAUGUUGGUGAUAUAAGUAGUUUUAUGGCUCAAGGAUUAUCUAUUUAUAAUAACUUAAACCAAGCCAAUAAUAGCCAAGUCAAUAAGAAGUAG